AAGAGCCAGUGUGUGGGCUGGGCUGUGGUCGUCCACCGCCUAGCUUUAAUCGCAGGCUACACAGUCAUUAAUAACAUAAAUUACAAUCAUUCACACGUCAGGAGAAUGAGUUAGACACCGCAUUCCGUCCGUGCCAGUGCACUGAAACAUGGGUCAUUGCAGUGUCCAAGUCCUUCUGCUGCUCUUGCUGCAGGCCCUGCAGACAUUGGCUGAAGGCACAGAUGGACAGCUGGUGUGUCUGUGUGACAGCCCCAAAUGCCCUCAGGCUACCCAGUGUCAUGGCACCCGGUGCUUCUCCUCUGUAAAAGUAGGCAGUAAUGGGGUGGUGUUUGAGCGGGGCUGCCUGGAGGGCCCGGACAAGAUCAGAUUGAAUUGCUUAACAGCACCCUCCCUUCAUCAGGCAAUUCUCUGCUGUGCUGUGGACAUGUGUAAUGGCAACACUACCAGGAGCUCAGUUAUGCCUUUGCUGCUAUCAGCCCCAGAGGGUGAGCCGGUCCGGUAUCGUGUAGAGACUCUGGUUCUCUUUGUUCUCGGUCCAGUGGUGGUUCUGGCUUUGCUGUCUGUAGUGGCUGUCCUGGCCUGCAGGAGGCUCCACCAUGGCCGUCUACAGAGGCUGCAGGAGUUUGACACCGAGCAGGGAGCCAUAGACGGCCUGAUCACCUCCAAUGUGGGAGACAGCACUUUAGCGGACCUGUUGGACCAUUCCUGUACAUCAGGCAGUGGUUCUGGUCUUCCCUUCCUUGUUCAGAGAACUGUGGCAAGACAAAUCAGUUUAGUGGAGUGUGUCGGUAAGGGUAGGUAUGGAGAGGUGUGGCGGGGCCAGUGGCAAGGAGAGAAUGUGGCUGUUAAAAUAUUUUCCUCGCGAGACGAGAAGUCCUGGUUCAGAGAGACUGAGAUCUACAACACAGUUCUGCUCAGACAUGAAAACAUACUAGGUUUCAUGGCAUCUGACAUGACAUCUCGCAACUCCAGCACCCAGCUGUGGCUCAUUACCCAUUACCAUGACAACGGUUCCCUAUACGACUACCUGCAGCGAGUGGCCGUGGAGACGUCAGAGGGCCUAGCGAUGGCAGCAUCGAUAGCGUGUGGCCUGGUGCACCUGCACACAGAGAUCUUCGGUACAGAGGGGAAACCGGCGAUCGCACACCGCGACCUAAAGAGCAAGAAUAUCCUGGUCACCAAAGAGCUGCGCUGCUGCAUUGCCGACCUGGGGCUGGCAGUAACUCAUUCCCAGGCAGACAACCUGCUAGAUGUGGGCAACAACCCCAAGGUAGGCACCAAGCGCUACAUGGCACCCGAGGUACUGGAUGAGACCAUUCAGACAGACUGCUUUGAUGCCUAUAAGAGGGUGGACAUCUGGGCCUUUGGACUGGUGCUGUGGGAGAUAGCAAGGCGCACAUACAGUAACGGUAUUGUAGAGGAGUACAAGCCUCCAUUCUAUGACCAGGUGCCAAAUGACCCCAGCUUUGAGGACAUGAGGAAGGUGGUGUGUCUGGAGCAGCAGAGGCCCUUCAUCCCCAACCGUUGGUUCUCUGAUCCUACUCUUUCUGCUCUGGUAAAACUGAUGAAGGAGUGCUGGUACCAGAACCCUUCUGCCAGGCUGACAGCACUGCGCAUCAAAAAGACCUUGGACAAGAUCCACAGCUCUCUGGAGAAGGGCAAGGAGUCCUGAAAAAGGGAGCGCGUGG